AUGACAUCAAGCACAAUAUUGACGGUUAUCCUGGUGAUAACGUGCGCAAGUCUCACGGCAGAUGGCUCCGGCUUGCGUCAAAUCAUCACGAGAAACGUCAGCGGGGUGCGACUGAACGAUGGCCACCUCAUGGAGCUCGUGGAAGAGCAGACGUGCUCGGCUACGCUAGUUCGUCUCACCUGCAGGUCACUGACUUCCUUCGUUUUCGUUCUCGAAGCCAGAUACAUACCGAAUCAAACGAACGCCUGCGUUUACGAUCGAGAAUCCUGGUGCAAAUACAAAAAGCUCUUCGCCACGUUGAGGGUUCUACAACUGAGACGGAGCUUUCUCAUGAAUACUUACGGAUACGGCAUCGACGAAGAUUCGUUGGACUUUCGAAAUACAGUUAACCGCAGGUGCUCGGGACAUCCCCAUUGUCGAUAUAGAGUGAUGUCUGAUCAUCCGGAAUCGCUUUUCUGGAAACCUGCGAACAUACGAAUAAAAUAUGCUUGUAUACCAGAGACAUCGGUGUUCAAAUACUGCAACGCCGAGCUGCAAGUGCCUGCUGGCCCAGGUGGUUUCUUAAAGUCGCCUGGCUACCCACUCUACUACGUCGGCGAAAUAACGUGCGGCUGGACAUUUAGGUCACAACCCGGUCAAAGGAUACUACUGACAUUUCACGAUCUCAACAUUCGAGAGCACGAAAGGGACGGAAGUUGUAUCGACAUCGUCAGAGUGCGAGACGACGGCAAUACACUGUUCGAGAGUUGUGGCACGGCUGCUGGCGUGAAAAUCAUAUCGAAUACGAACGUUGUCACACUCAACCUCAUUGCAUCCAAGAGGCUUUAUUCUGCACGAGGAUUUUUUCUACAGUAUCAGGUUUUAGGGUGUCCCGACGUGACGGCGCCCCCAGGCAGCUACGUCUCCAACGGAAGCCUGGACACGAGAACCUUUCUGUGCAGAGCCGGUACAUUGUUCCCCGACACCGGACAAAGGACGCGCACGAUCCAUUGCCGGCACGGUAGUUGGGAGCAAAGUGUUUCUGAUUUACCCGCUUGCGUUCGUGCUUCGUCGGUGCUAAUCGUGAGCAGUGAGACGGACGGCACUAAUCGUCACAGAGGCUUAUCGGGCGGCGCUGGCAGUAGCGACACUAACGCUACUACCGGUUCAAGCAUCCUGGAUUUAACAACGAGGACUGAAGGAGCAUCCGAGGCAGCAGUUGUCAAAACUGCUAAUUACAGCAUCAUGGAUCAGACGAAGUCAUCCUUGAUCAAAGACGGCGACUAUGUUGUAGACGUUAUCUUGCCGGCAAUACUGAUUGUACUACUACUUGCUGGAAAUGCUGUUAUACUUUACAUCAUUUCCCAGUACAGAAAAAGGAAUGUGGACAAUAAUUUCAGAAAAACUCCAGCGGAAGUGCAAGAAGACAUUGCUCUAAACGCAACAUCAAGAAACAAUUCUCAAGUUUGACUGUGGCUUCUGAGAGACCUACCAGAGUGAAACUCAUCUCAGCAUCAACGAUUUAUCGCCAUCGAAAAACACUUAUCGACAUUUUUAUCUACUUUCUUUACAUGCAGCUCGACAUCAACGUUUUUUAUUCAUUGCUGAUUGUUCCACAGUGAAAUAGACAAUGUAUAUGGAGUUUCAAACUAACUUUAAAAUAAUUUUAUAUUUGCAACCGAUUUUUGUAUUUUAAUUUGCAUAGUUCUCAGUAAAACUUAAGUUUAAAGUCUACUGAAAAUGUAUGUUUUUAAUGAUUAAAUGUUAACUUACGAUUAUAUACAAUGCAAUCUUUGCAAAUCGAAAUUUUAUGAAAAUGUAUUAUAAGUAUAGAGAUACAUAAAAUAAAUAUAUUAUAUUUCGUCCAAAUUGUAUCUAAGUUAA